AUGGAACUCAGAAAAGGUUGCAUUAUAUAACAUCGGGUGCCAAGCCACCAUUAACUCUAUCCGUUUGUCGAAUGCGAUUUCUACAUAAACUAACAGCCUUUUUUCAAUAAUAGGUUUUAUUUAGUUAUAUUGGAUUUAAAAUAAGUUUACGUUAUGUUUGAAUACGCUGCGGAAACGUUACUCACGGACCUUAAGAAAUCACUCAAGAUGCCGCUCUUUGGAAACACAUUUAGUCCGAAGAAGAUUCCACCUCGCAAAUCUGCAUCUCUGUCCAGCCUUCACACGUUGGAUCGUUCAACAAGAGAAAUAGAGCUAGGUCUUGAGUAUGGACCUCCUGUAAUGAACCUUGGCGGUCAGAGUUGGAAAUUUGAAGAGGGACAGUGGAUAUCAGAAUCUGGUGGGAAUACGUCUAGUAGGGAGGUGCAGCGACUUAAGAAAAGAAAUGUACAGCUGGAGGAAGAGAACAAUCUCCUGAAACUUAAGAUUGAAGUCCUCCUGGACAUGUUGACAGAGACUACCGUAGAGUACCACAUGAUAGAGAAAGAAGUGGAGGAUAUAAAGACUCAACAUCGAAGGAAGAAAUGACUGAUCUGAUGCCUUCAUCAUAGGAAAUCUACAUUCUCAGUUUGAAGUUUAAUAAACAAAAGUGGAAUUUUGUUUUAUAUUUUUUGCUCAUAAGUAAGUUUUCACAUAAUUAAAAAAACAUAGGGUCUUUGCCCUGCUUGUUUAUUUGGAAAAGCAGGGGCCCUGUUUAAUCCUGUUCAAUCUCCAAAUGGUGUGCACCGUUUCCUUGCAACAGUGCACAACAAGCUUUGAGGCAUGUUUUCUCUCAUUUGCUGGGUGUUUCCCAUCAGCAGAGAUGUGUAUGUAAACUUGUGGUAAUAAAAAUCCAGUGCACUUGUGCAUGCGGCAGGGUGUUAAACACACCACCAUUUCAGUUUGGUGUUUCAGUUUUAUCCGAUUAAGUGACAACUUUUAUUUGUUCUGUCCUGCAUUUCUAACUGUAAAUCUGAAACAACUGUGGACAUCUUUGUUCAAUACACAGCAUCAUUUCUAUGUCUUUUACAUCUGUAUGGCAAGUGUUGGUCAACAUUUAAAAAAAAAUUGUAAUUACUGUAUUUUCUAUUCAGUUUCAAAUUAAAUUAAUCACAGA